CGCUGCUCACCGGAAGCACGGCCGUCAGGUCCACGAAGCAAAAGAAACACACAAGGCAACAAGAAAGCGUGGGGCGGCGGAAGGAAAGGGUGAAGAAACCAGAGGAACCCAAGAAAAGGUAGGUGGCCUCCUUCCAAACCAACCCAACCCAACCCCGGGCGGCGGAAAUAAAUCAGCAAUCCCCUGCGAUUUACUGCCGCCUCAGAUUCGCAGCUUUCGGGGAGCGGAUUGCUGCGCAAAUGGGGUCCGGAUCUUUCCUCAAGGUGCUCGUCAGCAACCUCGACGUCCUCGCCGGGCCCAUAGUUUCACUCGCUUAUCCUCUGUAUGCGUCUGUUCGAGCAAUAGAAACAAAAUCUCCUAUAGAUGAUCAGCAAUGGCUCACUUACUGGGUGCUGUACUCGUUUAUCACUCUGUUUGAGCUCACUUUUGCUGCAGUAAUUGAAUGGCUCCCUUUCUGGUCUUAUGGAAAGCUGUUUUUCAAUUGCUGGUUGGUCUUGCCCUACUUCAACGGUGCUGCGCAUGUUUAUGAGCAUUUUGUGCGGCCAAUGAUUGUGAACCAGCAAGUUGUAAACAUCUGGUAUCUUCCAAAAAAGGAAGGUUCAGAUAAACCUGACGAUGUAAUUUCAGCUGCACAGAAAUACAUUGAACAAAAUGGAUCAAAAGCAUUUGAGACUCUCGUUAACAAGUUUAAGACUACAAACGCGAGGCGCUCAAUUUUGGAGGAGGUAGAGGUGGAAAGGAGAGCCAGGGCUGAACGAGAACUGGAAGCGAGGGAUGUGAAUCCAUUCUUCCACCCGAAUUACUGAUUCUGGAAAGCUCUUCUGUUCAGGCGUCAGGUGACACAAUUGCCUUUAAUGUAGGAAUUGGUCAGACCAGGUCAAGGGGAGAAUUCUAGAGGAUCGUAUUUAGAUUUGAUAUAUUACAUAGCUGAACAAUUAUGAAAUCUUGUAAAUAGGUUCUGGCUUUGGAUGGUUAUGACUUUCUCAUGGAUGACUGAAAUUUGUGUAUGCAUCAAUAGCAUUCUGGCAGUCAGAAUAUUUCUCCAA